AUGGGUAGCGAAAACGAGCACAAAACUCUUGCCUCAUUGGGGGAGACUAUUCGUUUGGACCUUCAGCAGAGGCUCUCAAGCAGGGCACAAAUAUACCUACCGUUCGAUGCAGAUAGAACGCAGUUUGACAAGGCUGAUUUGCGAUUCACUCAGUAUUCGCGUCCAACAUACCUCGCCAUUGUCGAUCCAGGUUGUCAAAAUGACGUAAUCGAGGUUGUCAAGUACGCCCGAGAAAAGAAUAUUCCAUUCACACCUCGAGGUGGCCACCAUGCUGUCACUAGUACCGUGAGACAUUUCAAAAACGGGAUAUGCAUCAAUAUGCGACCACUCAAUAAGAUGCAAUGGAACGCAGAGAAGCGACACGUCACCAUCGAGGGAGGCGUAAUAACGGAUGAGUUUGUCAAAUACCUGCAUGAUUUGGGUAUGGAAGUGAAUGUGGGAUCAUGUCCUACUACUGGUGUUAUUGGCGUAGCAUUUGGCGCUGGUUUAGGACGUUUGCAGGGCAAGUAUGGCUUUCUACAUGACAACAUGGUGUCUUGUAAGCUUUUACUUGCCGACGGACGUGUGGUCAUGGCUUCAGAAACCUCCAAUCCAGAUUUGUUCUGGGGUAUCAGGGGAGCAGGCCACAACUUUGGAAUUGCACUUGAGGCUACAUUUCAAGUAUACCUACAGGCACACGGCGGCAUACAUCACACAUGGGACUUCGAGUACACUCUAGGUCAGUGCGAUGACGUGUUCAAAACACUGAACAGUGUUUCUGAGACCAUGCCUGCUGACUUGGCAAUCUUUGUUCUAUGGCUACGACAGAGUGAUGGCCGCAAGCACAUCAUCCUCAUUAAUUUGGUAUGGUCUGGACCAUUGCUAAGCGCAGACCCUUACGUGAAACUCUUUGAGAACUUGGACCCUGUUCUCCACAGUGGACAAAAAUCUGUGCCCUGGCCAGAAUUGCCAUUCUCCACUUACAAGGAAAUGAACAAGCUUUACUGCAAACCGGAAGUUUGGCUUAAAGGCCCCAACAAAAUGAUGGGCGCCGCUUGUGUGGAGUCAUUUGACUUGAAGACCACACGCGAGUUUUUUGAGAGUGUCAAAGCUAUGAGCGAAGAGUGGGAAGGACGGGGCUGGUUUGGUGCAAUGUUCGAGUGUUUGCCAGACCAGCGCGUGCGAGAAAUAGCUCCUGAUGCGACAGCGUUUCCAUGGCGCGGAGGAUCAAACCAUUUCCUGAUGUUAAACGCCACACCGGCCCGGAUAGAGGAUCGACAAGCUUUCGAGAACCAUCUUGAUUAUUGGAAACAGCGCUUCAUCGAGAAAUCUGGGUACGGACGCUUGCAGCAAUAUGUUAACUAUGGAAACAGCACGGCCACCAUGAAAGACCCUCUCGAGGCACUAUAUGGCUAUGAGCCGUGGAGACUAGAGAGACUCAGAUACCUCAAACAAAAGUAUGAUCCAGACAACCAGUUCAGAUGGUACCAACCAAUAGUUGAUGCAUGA